CAUGGGAGUGUAUUUUAUCUUUCAGGUGCUCUCUCCUAUGCUGAGCUUGGAACAUUAAUCACCAAGUCAGGAGCAGAAUAUGCUUACUUACAUGAAGCCUUUGGACCCUUCCAUAAGACCCUGGGCGCCAUUCCUGCUUUCCUCUUUGCCUGGACAUCAGUCCUCAUUCUAAAGCCUGCACUGUUUGGGGUGGUCUCUAUGAGUUUUGCUCUCUACACCACGGAACCAUUCUUUGAGUGUGGGCCACCAGAUGUUCUCGUUAAAAUCGUCGCCAUCGUGUGUCUGUUUUUUGUAUCAGCCGUCAAUUGCUAUAGUGUAAAGUUGGCAACAAAAGUUCAGAAUGUUUUCACGGUGGCCAAGUUGCUUGCUAUAGCUGUCAUCACUAUAGGAGGAUUUGUUUACAUGGGGAAAGGUGAAGUAGAAGAAAUUAACACUGGCUUUGAAGAUACUGUUCAGUCACCUUCUCUGAUAGCUCUAGCAUUCUAUGAUGGACUAUGGGCUUAUGAUGGCUGGAACAAUUUGAAUUACAUCACUGAAGAAAUAAGAAAUCCCACAAGGAACCUGCCCUUGGCCAUUAUGAUUGGGAUUCCUCUGGUGACUUUAUGCUACCUCCUGACUAACCUCUCCUAUUAUACUGUAAUGACUCGGGCAGAACUACUCCGCUCUACCGCUGUGGCUGCUACCUGGGGGGAUAGAGUUCUGGGUGGUGCUGCAGUACUUAUACCUAUAUUUGUGGCUAUGUCCACGUUUGGUGCUGCCAAUGGCUCCUGCUUUACGGGUGGAAGACUGACAUUUGUAGCUGCCAGGGAGGGCCAUCUACCAAAGGUCUUGUCCUAUGUCCAUAUAAAGAAGUUCACUCCCUUACCAUCCCUCAUGAUUUCUACUUUCCUGGCAGCUGUAAUGGUGCUGAUGGGAGACAUCUUUGCCCUUAUUGAUUUCUUCAGCUUCACAGCCUGGUUGUUUUAUGGUAGUACGAUGGCAGCAUUACUGGUACUGAGGUACACCAGGAGGGAUGCCAAAAGACCUUAUAAGGUGCCUAUCAUUUUGCCAAUCACAGUUCUCUGUGUGUCUAUAUAUCUUGUGAUAGCCCCCAUUGUCAAUGACCCCAGAAUCGAGUUCCUGUAUGCAUUCAUCUUCGUCAUUAGUGGUUUGAUCUUCUAUGUUCCGUUUGUGGUGAUGAAGAAGUCACUUCCUUACACAGAUACUGUGACCAAAUUCAUUCAGCUUAUCUUGUGGUGUGCCCCUAGCCGAUAUGAAUCUGAGCUUGUUGGAGAUUAAUGGACAUAAUAAAUGCAUAUAGUUACCAUUUAACAAAAUUCAAACUGUGAUAUUGUAUUAAUAUAAGACAUUUUUAUUAAUUUCAUGUAAAAUUUGU